AUGGCGAAGCGCCGCGCGGCGCCCGUCCUCGCCGCCGUCCUGCUGUGCCUCAGCGCCGCCGCGGCCAGGAAGUGCAACCUGCAGGGCCUGUGGAAGAACCAGCUGGGCUCCAACAUGACCCUCUCGGCCCUCGAUGCCGAGGGCACCUUCACGGGCUCCUACCACACCGCGGUGGCCGACACCAACAAGCGCAUCCUGGUGUCGCCACUGCGAGGGGCCCAGCAGCCGGGCACCAAGGGCCAGGCCACCUUCGGCUUCACGGUGCAGUGGCAGUUCACAGACUCUGUCACCGCCUUCGUGGGCCAGUGUUUCGUGGACCAUCGUGGGAAGGAGACGCUGGAGACCACGUGGCUGCUGCGGGAGGAGGUGCCGACCCGCAGGGACAGCUGGAAGGCCACCAGGAUCGGCACCAACACCUUCACUCGGGUCAAGGGAUGAGGAGCUGCGCCGCAGCCUGGUGCAUCCCGGCUC